AUGGAGGGUAGCUUCACUGGGGGCAAUAAGUGCCAGAAGCACUUUCUGCCCAGGAACUACUUAACUACCUACUACAGCUUUGAUGGUGGCCCCUCGCCUGAGGCUGAGAUGCUUAAGUUUAGCUUGGAGUGUCUCCACAAGACCUUCGGCCCUGGUGAGAUGCCUCCAUGGGACAUGCUUAUCGACAUUGGCUCAGGUCUUACCAUCUACCAAGUUCUUACCACCUACGAGUCCUUCAGAGACAUCACUCUCUCUGACUUCACGGACCGCAAACGGGAGGAGCUGGAGAAGUGGCUGAGGAAGGAGCCGGGGGCCUACGACUGGACCCCGGCCUUGAAAUUCGCCUGUGACCUGGAGGGGGACAGAUAGGGUGGCUGCUGGCAGGAGAAGGAGGAGAGGCUGAGGGCUGUGGUGAAGCAGGUGCUCAAAUGCGAUGUCCACCUGGGCUACCCGCUGGCCCUGGCCACGUUGCCCCCUGCCGACUGCGUGCUCACCUUCCUGGCCAUGGAGCGCGCCUGCUCUAGCCUGGAUGUCUACCACGCUGCACUGUGCAACCUCGCUUUGCUGCUCAAGCCGGGUGGCCACCUGGUGAUCAUGGUCACCCUCCAGGUGACAUCCUACAUGGUGGGGAAGCAUCAGUUCUCCUGUGUGUCCCUGCAGAAGGAGGAUGUGGAACAGGCUGUUCUGGACGCGGGCUUUGACCUCGAGCUGCUCCUGCACAGCCCCAAGAGCUACUCCGCCAUCAGCGCUGCCAACACUGGGGUCUGCUUCAUUGUGGCCCUCAAAAGGCCUGGGACCUGA